AUGUAUUCAGAUCGUAAACUUUCGCGUCUUCCUAUUCAUUUAUCCAUUGAACAAAGACAACUCUCAAAAUUAGCUUCCUUACCUCGUAGUCCAAUACGAACAACACAAAAUUUACUGGUUACUGAUGAGAGAAUAUUAGGAAGACGUUGCAAUUGGGAACCAGAAUUCACGAAAAGUGUACAAAAGAAAGGUGCACAAUGGAUAGCACCAAAAAAUUGCACGGAAACAAAAGAACCUUUCAUGUCAACAUCAUUGCCUGAACUAGAUUUAGCAUUAGGCGGAGGUAUACCAUGCUCGUCCUUGACAGAAAUUGUAGGGCCUUCAAAUUUCGGCAAGACUCAAUUUUGUCUUACGCUAUCAAUCCUUGCCACAUUGCCCGUUAGCAUGAAUGGUCUCGAUGGAGGAACAUGUUACAUAAGUACUCAAGGAGCUUUCCCCGCGGAAAGGUAUUGUAAUUUUUCAUUUCGUACGAUUUAUAGGUUAAUUGAAAUAGCAAAGCAUAGAUACCCAUAUUUAUAUGGUGAUGAAAAUCCACAAAGUCAGGAUAAUCUUAAAAAAAUGACCGAUUCAGUUCAUUUAAUGAAAGCCAAAUCAUCUAAAGAGUUGGCAAAUAUAUUAGAGAACUUUCAAGAAUUCAUUAUCGAAAAAAAUAUUAGAUUAUUAAUAAUCGAUUCAUUUGGAGCUCUUAUAAAAAAAGAAUUUAUUGAUAAAAAAGAUUCUUUAGAUAAAAGAAGUCGAUUAUUAGUUAAAUUUGCGGCAUGGUUAAAGUAG